CUCAAGAACUUCCCUCAGUACACAACCCAAAAGCAAGAUAGCAAGCGAACCUUACGCAAGCCAACAACCCUCAGCUUCCACCGCGGACGCUCACAGUGUAGCGGCGCUGCGCCCAAAACUUUCGCUUUAGCCUAGUCGAGCAAACUGGAGUCCUUCAAUCCCCUCAGGCCGCUUGUGCGGCAGCAGUAGAGCCGCGAACAGAAUGCCGUUCGGGAGCCAGUGGCUGGAGACCGAGGCGGCCUGCGACGUCCUGCAAGAGGACGGCGGACGACAUGGCGCGCGCUGGAUGUCCCUAGUGCAAGGCAUUCGCCGCAGCCUUGACGUGCAUCUCAAGUCAUACUAUAAGAUCGACACCGCAUUCGCAACAGCGGCGCGUUAUGCCUCCGCGAGCGACAAACUUCGCGUGCUCGCGCGUGCACUCACCGAUACAGGACUCGUCGACUUCUGCUGCGUGUACCUCGUGCACCCCACUUGCGGCACCUUCGGCGUGGCUGCUGUGUCUGGCGCCGGCUCGGAGCUGUAUCCGCCCCUGCUGACCCAGGCCGUCAACCUGGGCGCCAAGCUGGGGGCCGACGUGUGCGCCAGCACCCCUGCGCUCAACGUCUUCACGCGCUCCGUGUUUCAGGUCCAGGACUCGAACUGGGCGGUGGAGGAUGUGGUUGCCUCCAAGGCGCCCUGGUACUACGACUGCGCCUCCGCCGUCAACGGCUUCGGCCUGCCCCAGGAGGCGGCCUGGCUGCGGCGGGCGGGCAUGCGUAGUGUGCUGGCCCUGCCCUGCAUGGCUUCGGCGCACUCCGCCUCGCCCGCGGGCGCGCUGGGCUUCGGCCACGAAGGCUGCGGCUCCAGCAGCGACUCGGCAGUGACCGGCGUGCUGACGGUGGCGACGCGCCAGAAGACGCUGGACCACCUGCUGCUUCGCAAGCUGGAGGAGCUGUGCUGCCGCCUGGCUCCCAUUGUGUCGGACGCCGUGUCCGAGCACUCCCGGCUGCUCAGCAACCGGCGGCUGGUGGGGCGCUACGAGUCCGUGUCGGAAUUCGCGCACGCCGUUCUAGGCGAGAUGCUGAACCUGGACCGCGCAGUCGCCGUCUCCGUUGCGGCCUCCAACGCGGUCGCGUCCGGCUCGGCUACGGGCCUGACGCCCUCGCAGGCGCGGCAGACGCAGCGGCAGGACUCGAUCGCCGCUACCGCGGCGGUGGCAGCUGCCGGCGGCCGCUCGUGCAGCGGCAGCAAGCACGUGCCCGCAUCCGCUGAGGCGCGGUUUGACGCUGCGGCUGCCGUUGAGGCUGCCAAGGCCGCAGGGUUCGGCUGGACCGCCCCCGCCAGCUCGGUCACGCCCACCUCAGUGUCUGCGUCGACCAAGACCUCGGGCUUCGCCAGCUGCCUCGCGCGCCUGCGCAGCAAGGGCCACGGCAGCAAGGCCGCUGCGGCUGCCGCCAGCUGCGCCUUCACCGAGGUGACCAGCGCCACCUGCGGCACCACCGCCGCGCCCACCUCGCCCACCUGCGCCUCCACGCCCACCACCGCCACCAGCGGCGCCACGCCAUGCAGCAACGCCCUGCAGCAGUCGUCGCAGGAGGCGGUCUGGUCCGCGUCCUUCUCCGCCUCUCUUUCGCAGCAGCAGCAGCAGCAGCAGCGGGCCCAGCAACGGGCGCCUACUUGCGCCGAGGCCGCGCCCAUGCAGCUGCAGCAGCUGCAUGCCGCGGACACGUUUUGCUCCGCGACCAGCCGCGCCGUCACCGCCUGCGGCCUUAGCUCUGGAGCCGGCGGCCUGUCCACUGCCGUCACGGCGGCAGACGGCCUGCCCUCGGCAGUCACCUCCUCCGCGCUGCCCUCGGGCGCACUAGCCAGCGCUAUCGCCUCGGGCGGCGCCCCUUGCAAGCCCGCCGCGACCUCGCCCCCUACCCAGAGCAACGCCACCGGCGCUGUCGCCACCCUCAACGUCUUCAAGUCGCUUGCGCCAGCGGCAUCCCUACCGCUGCCGGCGGUGUGCACCGCCCUGUCCGCCCAAUCGCCCUCGCCCACUGAGUGCGACAUGUCAGAUGAGCACGACGAGGAAGGGGCUAGCGACGAGCAGCAGCAGCGUCGCCAGUGCCUGCUGAGCGGGUCGGGCACGGCCCGCACGCUGCCUUCGCCCCCCGCUGAGAUCAUCGCCUCGGUGCGGGACCUGGUUGACAUCGGCGCCUUCACCAGCGGCCUCGCGGCUGAGCCCACCGCCGCAGCGGCGCACAGCGGCGCAGCCUCGGCCAUGGCUGCCAGCCGUGGCGACGCGCUGGCCCUGGAGGCGACACAGGCGUCGCGCAGCACCCGCAGCCUGUCGUGCCUGGAGUUCAGCGGCGCCAGUCUGUCGGUGGCGACCGCCGAGGCGCUGGCCAGCCCGGGCAACGGCAACAGCAGCGGUGUCCGGUCCGGGCGUGGCGGCGGUGGUGCCGGCACCGAUGUGGUGGACACGGUGGCGCAGGCCGUGCAAGCGCACAUGAAGUAUGAUAGCAGUGGCAGCCCGUUCUGCGGCGUACCCAGCCAGGAGCCGCAGCGCCAGCAACGGCACCAGCAGCAGCGGCCCCAGGAGGUAGGCCCCGGCUGCGCGUCGGCGGAGUGCUCCUCUGUGCGCAGUAGCGGCGAUGGCCGCGACCUGUUGUACGGCCGUGACGCUGGCUUCAUGAUGGAUGGCUCAUCUACGUACGGCAGCGGCGAGUGGCACAGCGGCAUCGCACCCGGCGGUGCCGGCGCCAGCGCUGGCGGCUGCGGCGGCUACAUGCUGUCGAACAGCGGCUAUUCGUCGCGCGGCGGCAGCCGCGUCAUGCAGCGCGGCGUGCCCAUCGAGCCCAGCAUUGGCCCCAUCAGCGUCGGCCUGUACGGUAGCACUGGCCCGUACGGCAGCGGCAGCGCGGCCGCCAGGGGCUUCGCAGCCUCGGCGUCCGCCGCCGCGGCGCCCUACGUUCGCGUCGGCGGCGGCGUUGCCAGCGCGUGCGCGUCCGAGCGCUCUGUCGCCAGCCGCGACACGACGGCAACGCUGGCGACCACCACGUUUGCGAGCAGCAUGCCUAUGGGCGCGGGCACCUCGACGACACAGCUGACGGCGUCAUCCGCCGGAAACUGCGCAGCCGGCGCCAGCGCUCUUGACUUCUACGUCUGCGCCGCCGCCAGUGCAGCGCCUGACGGCGCCACCGCCGAGGGCGCCUGUGGCGCCUCUGCGGCGGCGGCGGCUGCCGGCCCCAGCAGCCGCUGGAGCCGCGACAGCGCCGCAGCUGCGGCGGCGAUGUGGGGCAGCGAGGCGAGUGAUGCCAUCGCCGCCGCCAUGCAGUUUACGUCGGGCGUGGCCCCGGCGCCGCGGGUGCCCAUAUCGUCCCAAGGCGCGGCGAUGCUGGCAACGCACCGCACACGCGGCGGCUGCGCAGUCCCUCUGGGCGGCCCUUCUGGUGCCGGCCAGCUGUUUGGUAUCCGCGAAAGCGGGCCCAUGCCCAGCGCCUCCACGCUCAUUGGCAGUGGCAGCGGCGGCCUGCCGCGCGGAUGCAGGAGCGCGGGCAGCGCCAGCGGCUGUAACAGCGGCAGUGGCGCAAGUAGCGGUCCCUGCAGCAGCGGCGACGUGCGUGUGUCCAUACUGGACCUGGCCUCAGCGGCGGGCAUGACGGCGCGCGACGUGGUCAGUGGCAAAAGCGCUGCAAAGGAGCGUGUCGCCGUGGCCUGCGGGCCCGCGGCGGCUGCCCACCCAGCCCGCUGGUAGUGCCAAGCUCCAAUCGAAGGUGCAACGCCUUUCGUUUGCGUGUGUGUCACCAUGCGGGACAAGUUGUCACUGCGCCACUGCGUCCAAGUGCAGAUGGAAUCACUGAUGAGAGACCAAACCUUCGGUCAUUCUUUAGGGAGCUGAUCGGGUGCAAGCCCGCUUUGUACAAUGAGAGAAGAGCGAGCGAGAGUGAGGGGAUUGCUGAAUCGACGGUUGUUUGCCUUCACUUGAUACGCGGAUCGGGCAUGCACGUGCGGUAAUGCAGGACAUGACGGUACGAGUGCAAAUAAUAUCUUUAUGUUUACGCCCCUUGGCGUUUCAUCGGCACUACUAUGAUGGGCAGUGUGAGACAGCGGGCUGAGCCGUACUACUGCAACGAGACUUUCAGUGGUAUACCGUACGGUUUCAGUACCCAUGAAAGCGGUGUGCGCAUGGUAAGCGGCUGCCCUCCUAAUAUUCCUUUUCUUGUGUCAGGCGUGUCACAUGAGGAAUGCUUGUGUGGACAUUUGCAGAGGAAGACGUUGCCAUUGUUUCACCAAUAUAUGUCCUUCAUUACCAGAACGGAUGGAAUGAUUUCAUGUCUUUUCCGGAUCGUCAGGGGCAGGACGACUGCAGUGAGCAGACGCCGACGCCCACAGAGUGAACAUAGAAGGGUCGGAAGCCGAGGGCACUUUCAAGAACAGAACUGCUUACUAUAGGAAGUAACAGGGUUACUGUUGGUCGUGGCCUACAAUGCGAGUUUGGCCAGUUUUGCUGUCCCAGAAAUUCAGAAUAAUGUUGUUCUGUUGCGGCGCGGCAUGUAUAUACACAGGUGCUGGGCGCUCGUUCGUGCGCCGUGGCGGCGGGUGGCAGGCUGGCAGUAUGACCAAACCCGGGGUUUCGUGUGUGCGGAAAGCAUUGGGUUGACGGGCACACCUGCCCGACAGCGGUUGCGUGUUCAGCCAGAGACGCGUGGCCUGUCGUUAUUAAUGUUGGUGAGCAAGUAAGAUGAAACAAACACGAUCUUACUGUUCGAGGAAGGAUUGUCAUGAGGCAGGACAAUGAAGCAGUAUCAAGCUCGAUACAACACACCAUAAUUCCGCGAGCCGGAGGGAGAUGGAUGGUCGAGUUGCAAAGACGUUGAGAGAGCACUGUUUGUUGCAUCAACCGUGAGGAGCGAAGAGACACUGAAGAGGAGUAGGCGGAUGGUGUCACCGGAUGCCCCCUAGUCAAAAGGAUCGGAAGUUCCGGACGUGGGUGCCUGCUGUACAUGUAAAACCCUUUGCAU